GGCGCUCGUGCCUGCUCGCCCCGCGCCGCUCGCCGCCGGGGGCGGGAGGAGAGGCGGGCGGGCCGUGGAGCAGGGCCGCUUUGUCUGCGGGAAAGUUUGGAAGCGAGGCGCGGCCCCGGCACCUGCCGAGGGGCGGCGGGACGCCUAUCUCCGGCGCGGCGCCGCCUCCUCUCCCUGCAGCACGCUCCUCUCGCUCGCGGCCGGCCAUGGGCGCCUGGCUGCCGCUGUGCCUGCUCGGCGCCGCGCUGGCCGCCUCCGCCUCAGGUGCCUGUGUCUAUCAAGGCUUGUUGUUUGAGAAUAACACAAUUUGGAAGCCAGAUUCUUGUCAAGAUUGCAGUUGCCAAAGCAAUGUUGUUACCUGUGAACCUACUAUCUGCAAACAUCCUCACUGUGACUUUGAGAAGGGAGAAGUGCUCCAAAUAGCCCCAAACAAAUGUUGCCCUGAAUGUGCCUCCCAAACUGAAGGAUAUUGCCAGCAUGAAGGACAGAUCCACAGCCAUGGCACGCAGUGGGCCAGCUCUGGAUGUGUCCUGUGCUCCUGUGCCCAUGGGAAGGUGAGCUGCACCCCCAUAGCCUGCCCAGUCCUCACCUGUGGAAGAGAUGAACUGCCAUACAUUGCCCAGGGAGAAUGUUGUCCCAUGUGUGUGGGCCUUGGUGAACCCUGCUACUUUGAUGGCCAUUUGUUCCGGGAUGGUGAAGAGUGGCGCCUUGGUCGGUGCUCCAAGUGUGUCUGCAGGGAUGGAAUGACUCAGUGCUUCACAGCUUCCUGCGAGGCUGUUCUGUGCAAACAGGAUGAAGUUUUGGUUAUGUCUCCUGGAAAAUGCUGUCCAGAAUGUGUUCCAAAUUCCUGCUCGGUGUCAGGAAGGGUGUACCAGCACGGCGAACAGUGGAAAAAAAAUGCCUGCAGUGUAUGUGUGUGUCAUAGAGGGGCCGUCAGAUGUCUGAAAGAAACCUGUGACUCUGUUAUUUGUGAGAAGGGGCAGAUCAAAGUGCAGCGUUCUGGGAAGUGCUGUGAGGAGUGUGUGUCUUCCAAGAAAAACUGCUUGUAUGAUGGCGCUAUCAGGUACCAUGGUGAGAUGUGGAAUAUUACUCGCUGUGACUUCUGUGUAUGUGAUGAAGGCCAAGUGACUUGUCACAAAGCAGAGUGUGACAAAGUGGAAUGUGCCAAGGGUGAAGAAUUAAUUCACUUAGAUGGGAAGUGCUGUCCUGAAUGUAUUUCAAACAAUGGUCACUGUGUUUACAAAGAACAUGCCAAAGCUAGUGGAGAGACGUGGAAGGAAGGGCUGUGCAGAGAGUGUGAAUGCCGCGAUGCAGAGGUGGUCUGCUUUCAGCGCUCCUGUCUGCCCUGCCCACCAGGCAGCAUGGCUGUGAGGGAGAAGGGUGAUUGCUGUCCACGCUGCCAGCCAGGGAAGUGUCACCCAGACUGUUUGACCUGCUCUCAGUCCUCUGAUCACUGUAUUGCCUGCCGUGAUGUGAAGAAGCGGCUGCAGAAUGGACGCUGUGUGGAGACGUGUGGGUCAGGCUUCUAUCAGGAUGGGGGGACUUGCUUAGCCUGCAAUGAAACGUGCUCAGCCUGUAUGAAUGGCUUCGAGUGUUCCUCGUGCCGGACAUCACUGCUGAUGAAGAAUGGGCAGUGUGUGACUUCAUGUGGGAAGGGAUUCUUUCAGGAUCAACUCAUAUGUGCAGCUUGUCACAAGUCCUGUUCCUCGUGCUGGGGACCUGCUGACAACAAUUGUUUCUCCUGCAAGGACACGUCGCAUGUGCUAAAAGCAGGGCUCUGUGUGGCCAGCUGUGGAAAGGGAUUUUAUGAGAAGGAUGGAAUCUGCAACGUUUGUGACCGGUCCUGUGAAACGUGCACUGCAGCCCAGCCCAGUUGUUUAACCUGUGCUUCAGAUAAAGUGUUACACAAUGGGAAGUGCAUUUCAGAGUGCCCAGGUGGAUAUUUCCCAGGCAGCAAUGGAAAAUGCAGGGCUUGUCAUGAUUCGUGCUCCACGUGUGAGGGACCUCUGGCCACUCACUGUACCUCCUGUUCCCUUCCUCUGGCUUUGCACCAGGGCCAGUGCCUGCAGAGCUGUGGAGUGGGCUUUUAUCUGGAUCACAACAUUUGCAGGGGUUGCCACCCAUCCUGCCGUACCUGCGUUGGCCCAGAGGCCUCUCAUUGCCUGCAGUGCUGGGCACCAGAGGAUGUGCUGCAGCCCCAUCAACCUGUGGAAGGAGCUGUGCACGGCUUUUGCCUCUCACACUGCCAGGCUCAGUUCUACCUGGAUGUCACAGGAGUCUGCAGACAGUGCCACUCCUCCUGUGCAGGCUGCAUAGGGAACACUUCCCAGGACUGUACAGCCUGUCUGUCUUCACACCUCCUGCUCGAGGGCAGAUGCCUCUCCAGGUGUCCAGAGGGGUUGUUCAGCCAGCAAGAUCACUGCUCCUCCUGCCAUCCAUCAUGCAAGACAUGCCAUGGCCCUUCUGAUUUGGAGUGCUUAACCUGCCAUCCCCACGCAACUCUGGCUGCUGGAAGGUGCAGGACUAGCUGCAAGGAAGAGCAGUAUCUCAACUUGGUGGGAUAUUGUGUGGACUGCCAUCCUUUGUGCCGUCAGUGUGUGGCCAACCUGUGGGACACUGGCAGCCUCUGUCUCAAGUGCCAGAACGCCCGUCACUUGCUCCUCGGUGAUCACUGCGUUCCUGACUGUCCCAUGGGAUACUACACAGAGAGCGGUGCCUGCAAACGAUGUCAUCCCUCAUGUAAAACCUGCAAAGGUAGGGGUCCUCUUUCCUGCUCCUCCUGCAACACCAGCCUGGUUCUGUCCCACACCAAAAUGUGCGUUACAGUCUGUUCUCCAGGAUACUACAAGGAUGAGAGCCAGACCUGCAAACCUUGCAACAGCCAGUGCCGGAGCUGUGAAUCAGCUACUGGCUGUACAUCUUGUAGAGAUCCAGCUAAGGUUCUUUUAUUUGGAGAAUGCCAGUAUGAGAACUGUGCUCAGCAGUAUUAUUUGGACUUUUCUACUAGGACUUGCAAAGAGUGUGACUGGAGCUGUAAUGCUUGUAAAGGCCCCCUGAGGACCGACUGCCUGCAGUGUAUGGAGAGCAGUGUUCUCCACGAAGGAGCUUGUGUGGAACAGUGCCCCACAGGUUUCUACAAGGAGUCAGAUACGUGCCAGAGGUGUGAUCAACAUUGCCUUCAGUGUCACCAACCAAAUGAGUGCAGCCUUUGUGAAGCUCCGUUUUUCCUCUUGGACACUCAGUGUGUUUAUAAGUGUGGGAAGGGAUAUUACACAGACCAUGCACAGCAAAAAUGCAUGGCUUGUCCUCAUGGAUGCUUGGAGUGUGAUAGUGACAGCCUUUGCCACCUCUGUGACAGCAACACUUUUCUGAAAAACAAGAUUUGUGUUUCUGCCUGUGGACAGGGAUUCUAUGGCAGCAAGUGGACCAGAGAGUGUGAAGUCAGCAGGCAUCCUUCAAGCUUCCAUGUAAACAGUACCCUCACAGUAGGGAUUGGUGGGGUAAAGCCCCUAGACCUCUCCUUACUGGAUGUGCAUGAUCUGGAUGGUGACACAGAACAGCUCUUGUUCCAUAUUGACAGUGCUCCCUCCAAUGGCAGGCUAGUGAUGGUGGUGAAUGGGAAAGAAGUGCAGCUGAGCAAAGGUGACCACUUCAGCUUCAAGGAUGUGAAGGAGAAUAGAGUCCGCUUUGUGCACAGCAGAGAGAAAUCCAGGAAAGGACAGCUUUCCUUGAGGGUCAGCGAUCAGCAGUUCUCCCAUCCUGAGGUGAUCAACAUUCAAACAUUUUCAACACAGGCCCCUUAUCUGCUGAGAAAUGAGGCUCUCCUUGUCCACAGAGGGGAAAUUGGAACUAUAACAGACGUAUUGCUUGAUGUGAGAGAUGGUGACAAUCCUCAGGAUGUCAUGUUGAUGGUUUUAGAGCCUCCACGUCAUGGUCAGAUGAUCAAACCUCCCAAGGACUCAGCUUCUUCGAUCUACAUGUUCCACCUCAAUGACCUUGCUGGUGGACUGCUACGUUAUGCUCAUGAUGGCUCUGACACCCAGGAUGAUGUGGUUCUUCUGCAAGUGAACGAUGGGUACCACUUCCAGAACAUCCUGUUCCACAUUAAGAUUGCUCCCAAGACUUACAGAAGCCCUCGGCUGGUGACAAAUUCCCUGGUCUGGGUGCCCCAGGGAGGCAUGCUGCAGAUCUCCACGACAAUUCUGCACGCUGAGGUACCUGGAGCCCGUGACUCUGAGAUAACCUACAACAUCAAGGACCAGCCAAGACAUGGUGAAGUGGUGCUUCUGGUCCCAAUGCCAGCAGAUGGCCCAGCGGAGUCAUGGCAGCUUUUGCCUGAUGGAAGAGCAGCCUCACCUACAACCUCUUUUACCCAGCAGGACAUCAACAAUGGCAUUGUGUGGUACAGGCACUCUGGAACUCAAGUAGAGAGUGACUCCUUUCAGUUCCAGGUGUCCAGCUCUGCCAGUCCACAAGCCAGCUUGGAAAGCCACGUGUUCAAUGUUGCUGUGCUCCCACAGACACCCAGAGCACCUCAGCUUUCCCUUGGCUCCUCUUUGCACAUGGCUGUUCUGGAGGACCGCGUGACAGUGAUUGAGCCCCAUCACCUCUCCUUUGUGGACCCAGAGAUACCCAGUGAGAAAAUCCUGUUCAACGUGACUGUCCCUCUCCUUCCUGGCCAAGGUAUUGUGGAGCAUAGAGACAGGCCUCUCUCCCCAGUCAGGUAUUUCACUCAAGCAGAUAUAAACCAUGGCAAGAUUGCUUAUCGUCCACCAACUGCAGCUCCACACUUGAGAGAGAUUAUUGCAUUCUCAUUUGCAGGUCUCCCAGAGUCAGUGAACUUCCGAUUUACAGUGUCAGGUGGAGAGCACACAACCCCAGAGAUGGUGUUUGUCAUUCACUUGCUCUCUGCAGAGCAGCAGCCUCCAGUCUUCCAGAUCGCAGCUCCUUUCCUGGAGGUCAACCAGGGGGGCAAGGCCACCAUCGGGAUCCAGUUGGCUGUGAGCGACACAGAUACAGCUCCUGAGGGCCUCUUCUUUGAGCUGGUGAAACCUCCCCAUCAUGGCAUCGUGCUCAAGCAUGGUGCAGGUGUGCAGGAGCACAUGAGAGCAGGUGACACCUUCACCUAUGAAGACGUCACUCGAAAUGCUCUGCAGUACGUGCAUGAUGGUUCAGCAGCAGCAGAAGACAGCAUGGAAAUCUCUGUCACCGAUGGCGUCACCACAGUGACCACAGUGCUGAGGGUGGAAGUGUCCCUGUUGGAUAACAGCGGUCCACAGCUGGCUCCAGGCUGCCUCUUGGCAAUCACUGUGGCUAGUAAAAGCUCUGCAACUCUCUCUCGAUUGCACCUUGCUUAUACUGACAACAAUUCUCCUGACUCAGAGAUAAGAAUCCAGUUAAUAUCUCUGCCCACAUACGGCACCCUCUUACGGACAUCUGGCUCUCAUGAUGAAGAGCUUUCUAGGGUUUAUAACUUCACCAUGGAAGACAUCAACAACCAGAGGAUCAGUUACGCGACUGUGUUUGAGACAAGCAAUCAGCCAGUUACGGAUGUCUUUCACUUCUCUGUUUUUGAUGCUGAUAAUAACCGGCUUGACAGACAGAUGUUUACCAUCACCAUCACGUCCGCCCUGGCAGUACCGUCACUCAUUGUGUUUGCUGACCAUAUCAUUGUGGAUGAGGGGGGCAGGGUCCCACUUCUGGCUCAUCACCACUUAGCUGCUGAUUAUGAUACUGCUGCCAAGGAAGACCUGAGGGUCACAGUUAUCACUCUACCUAUGUAUGGCUACAUUGAAAACACUAAAACAGGUGAGAGUUUUGGACCUCAGAGUGCUGUUACCACAGAUGCAUCCUUCUCCAUUCAAGAUGUUCUAGAGAACAGCAUUUACUACUUUCAGAGCGUCCACGAAAGCAUUGAGCCAACAAGUGAUGUUUUCAGCUUUUACGUGAGCGAUGGCUUCAGCCAGUCUGAGGUGCACAGCAUCAACAUCACUAUUCAGCGGCGGAACGAUGAGCCCCCAAAGAUGGUGUUGGAGCCUGUCAGAGUGCAUGAGAGCUCUAGUGUGGUUGUUACCAACGCCUCGCUCAACCUGCAGGACCUGGACACCCAGAACAGUGAGCUUGUCAUUGUGGUUACUAAAAGUCCUGAACAUGGUCACCUUCGCAGAAGGCAGACUGCUGUGGAGCCCCUAGAGCAUGGACACGUGCUGUCUUUGGGCUCAUCCUUCACCUACCAGGACAUUUUGGAUGAGCUGAUUGUUUAUUCUCAGAGCGGUGCAGAAGCGCAGACGGAUGAAUUUGGCUUCUCCAUUACAGAUGGUCUCUACAUGCAGACAGGGAAGCUGGAGUUCUCCAUGGAGUUGCCAAAGAAGCAGCUGCCCACAUUGACUGUCAACAGGGUCCUGCAGCUCCCCACUGGCUCUGCAGCACGCAUCACGGAUCAACACUUGAAAGCAGCAGCUGUUUAUCCAGGUGACACAAUGAUCAGAUAUGUCAUGAAGAGAGAUCCCAGCAUGGGCCGUCUGCAGUUGACUGAUACUGAUAAUCCAGUCGAGAUCUCUGUCAGAGGGCCUGUCAAAAGUUUUACCCAGGCUAAUAUAAAGAAAGGGCAAGUGGUUUACAGUCACAAGAAGGGGGAUCCUGGUGGAAAUUUUGCCUUCACCUUUGAUGUGAUUGAUGCAGAUGGCAACAGGCUGAUGGACCAGUUUUUUCAUAUUAGUGUAUUAGAGGACAGAUUCCCGCCCUCUAUCAUCACUAACACAGGACUGGUCUUAGAUGAGAACUCCUCAAAGAAGAUCACAACGCUGCAGCUCUCUGCCACUGACCAGGACAGUGAGCCAGCCCAGCUCCAAUACAAGCUCACCAAGCAGCCACAGCUGGGGCACCUGGAGCAUGCAGCCUCCCCAGGGAUAAAAAUCAGUUCUUUCAGCCAGGCAGACUUGGCCUCUCGCAGCAUCCAGUAUGUUCACACUAGUGACACUGAAAAGCAUACAGAUGCCUUCACCUUCUCUGUGUCUGAUGGAACAAAUGAGGUCAGCCAGACAUUUGACAUCACCAUAAACCCUGUGGAUGAUUCCUUACCGGUAGUGCAAAGCCUUGGGAUGAGAGUUCAGGAAGGUGUGAGAAAAACCAUCACAGAGUUUGAGCUUAAAGCAACAGAUGCUGACACAAAGGCUGAGGCAAUUACAUUCACAGUUGUGCAGCCCCCUCGACACGGCCUGAUUGAACACACCAGCAAUGGGCAGCAUUACCACCAAACCACCACCUUCACCAUGGAUGACAUUUACCAGAACCGCAUCAGCUACAGUCACGAUGGAAGCAACUCGUUGAAGGAUCGCUUUGCUUUCACUGUGUCCGAUGGGACCAAUCCCUUCUUCGUUAUGGAGGAUGGGGGGAAAAAGGUUAUGACAGCAGCACCGCAGCGCUUCAGAAUGGACAUUCUCCCUGUGGAUGAUGGGACACCCAGGGUGGUCACCAACCAGGGUUUGCAAUGGCUGGAGUAUGUGGAUGGCAAGGCAACCAAUCUAAUCACUAAGAAGGAAUUACUGACCACCGAUCCCGACACAGAUGACAAACAGCUGAUCUAUGAGAUAACAAAUGUUCCCAGGAAUGGUUAUGUGGAGAACAAGCUGAAACCAGGAACAACUGUGACCACAUUUUCUCAGGAGGAUGUGAACCAGGGCCUUAUUCAGUAUGUGUUGCAUGAGGAGAAGGUUCAGGAGACUACAGACAGUUUUCAGUUUCUCGUGAAGGACAGCAAACCCAAUGUGGUCCGUGGCAAUGUCUUCCACAUUCAGUGGUCUCUCCUCAGCUUUACGUACAGCAGCUACAACGUCAGUGAGAGUGCUGGCUCUGUGAGCGUCACCGUGCGGCGGAUUGGUAACCUCAACCAGUAUGCCAUUGUCUUGUGCCGCACGGAGCAGGGAACAGCCACUUCCAGCUCUGGUUCACAGUCUGGAGAGCAGGACUAUGUGGAGUACGCAGGACAGGUGCAGUUUGAAGAGCGGGAAGACACCAAGGCCUGCACCAUCGUCAUUAACGAUGAUGACGUCUUUGAGAGCUCCGAGAGCUUCACUGUGGAGCUCAGCAUGCCAGCCUAUGCUCUGCUGGGGAACAUCACCCAGGCCACAGUCACCAUCACAGACACUGAGGAUGAGCCCAUGCUGCAGUUCGACAAGAAGACGUACCACGUCAGUGAGAGUGCUGGGUUUCUCUCUGCGCCUGUUGAAAGGAAAGGAGAUGCUGGCAGCACUGUGUCUGCUGUCUGCUACACUGUUCCCAAAUCAGCCAAAGGAAGCAGCCUUUAUAUGCUGGAGUCUGGCUCUGACUUCAAGUCCCGAGGGAUGACAGAAGACAGCCGCAUAGUUUUUGGACCAGGUGUUACCAUGUCGACUUGUGAUGUCAUGCUGAUCGAUGACAGUGAAUAUGAAGAAGAAGAGGAGUUUGAGAUAGUAUUGGCCGAUGCUUCGGAAAACGCACGCAUUGGCAGCCGGGCUUCAGCCAGCGUCUUCAUCGGUGGUCCCAAUGAUGCCUCAACAGUGUUCCUGGGAAAUGCCACAUUCACCGUCAGUGAGGCUGCAGGAAACAUUGAAAUUCCAGUUCUCCGGCACGGACCUGAUCUUUCAACCCCCACAUCAGUGUGGUGUGCCACUCGGACAUCAGACCCUCCAUCUGCCAGCCCAGGAGUCGAUUAUGUCCCCAGCUCCAGAAAAAUAGAGUUCAGGCCAGGCAAGACAGAAGAGUUCUGCACUCUGACAAUCCUGGAUGAUGCUCAGUACCCAGUGAUAGAAGGGCUGGAGACAUUUGUUGUUUAUCUCAGCUCACCCCAUGGAGCUGAGCUGAUAAAGCCCUUCCAAGCAAUUGUGGCCAUUAAUGACAUCAUCCAAGAUGUACCAAGCAUGCAGUUCACCAAGGAUGUGUUCACAGUGAGGGAAAAGGAGGGUGCACUACACAUCCCCAUCUUCCGCACCGGCGACCUGAGCUAUGAGUCUUCUGUGAGGUGCUACACCCAGAGCCAGACAGCAGAGGUCACGGAGGACUUUGCAGAGAGGAGAAAUGCAGACGAGUCCCGCAUCACUUUCUUGAAAGGGGAGAAGGUGAAAAACUGCAGUGUUUACAUCCGUGAUGACUCUGCCUUUGAACCAGAGGAGCAGUUCCAUGUCUAUCUUGGUAGUCCGCUUGGAAACCAUUGGAGUGGAGCUAGGAUUGGAAAGACAGACAUGGCAACUGUGACCAUCACCAAUGAUGAAGACGCACCCACCAUUGAGUUUGAGGAAGCUGCAUACCAAGUACGGGAGCCACCUGGACCAGAGGGCGUCACUGCUUUAAAUAUCAAAGUGGUCCGGAGAGGAGAUCAGAACAGGACCUCAAAAGUGCGCUGUAGCACUCGUGAUGGCUCAGCUCAGGCCGGAGUGGAUUACUACCCCAAGAGUCGAGUGCUCAAAUUCAGCCCAGGUGUGGACCACAUCAUGUUUAAGGUGGAGAUUAUGUCCAAUGAAGAUCGGGAAUGGCAUGAGUCCUUUUCUCUGGUGCUGGGUCCAGAUGACCCAGUGGAAGCUGUUCUUGGAGAUAUCAGCACUGCAACAGUGACUAUUUUGGAUCAGGAGGCAUCAGGCAGCCUCAUUCUGCCAGCACCUCCUGUGGUUGUCUCCCUGGCUGAUUAUGACCGUGUGGAAGAGGCCACCAAGAAUGGUGCUAAGAAAUCCCCUUCUCCAGGCUAUCCGCUCAUCUGUGUCACUCCCUGUGACCCUCACUUCCCCAAGUUCAUGGUUACGAAGGAGCGCUGCAGCGAGGCUGGGAUCAACCAGUCUUCCAUACAGUUUAGCUGGGAAGUAGCAACCCCCACAGAUGGGAAUGGGGCCAGGUCACCUUUUGAAACCAUCACUGACAACACACCAUUCACCAGCGUCAACCAUAAGGUGCUGGACAGCAUUUAUUUCAGCCGGCGGUUCCACGUGCGCUGUGUGGCCAAGGCUGUGGACAAGGCUGGCCAUGUGGGCACCCCCUUGAGGAGCAACACAGUUACUAUAGGGACAGACAGUGCCAUCUGUCACACUCCUGUGGUCGCUGGGACAGCUCGAGGCUUCCAGGCACAGUCGUUUGUUGCCACUCUGAAGUACCUGGAUGUCAAACACAAGGAGCAUCCCAACAGGAUUCACAUCUCGGUUCAGAUCCCGCACCAGGAUGGUAUGCUGCCCCUCAUCUCCACCCUGCCACUACACAAUCUGCAUUUCCUGCUCUCUGAGUCUAUCUACAGACAUCAGCAUGUCUGCUCAAACCUGGUCACCAUCAGAGACCUUAAAGGCAUCUCAGAGGCAGGAUUCCUUGAUGAAGUGACAUACGAAAGCAUUGUUCUUGGUCCUGGUUAUGACCGCCCUUACCAGUUCGACCCCACGGUGAGAGAGCCAAAGACAAUCCAGCUGUACAAGCACCUCAAUCUGAAGAGCUGCAUAUGGACCUUUGAUGCCUAUUACGACAUGACUGAAUUAAUUGAUGUCUGCGGAGGCUCUGUAACUGCUGACUUCCAGGUACGGGACUCUGCUCAGUCCUUCUUAACAGUCCACGUCCCCCUCUACGUGUCCUAUAUUUACGUGACAGCGCCAAGAGGUUGGGCUUCUCUUGAGCAUCACACAGAGAUGGAGUUCUCCUUUUUCUACGACACUGUUCUGUGGAGGACAGGGAUUCAGACGGACAGCGUCCUCUCAGCCCGGCUGCAGAUAAUCAGGAUCUACAUCCGUGAGGAUGGCCGACUGGUUAUUGAGUUCAAGACCCAGGCCAAGUUCAGAGGGCUCUUUGUAAUGGAGCACCACAGUUUGCCAGAUAUGAAGUCAUCUUUAAUGACUCCAGACCAUCUGGGAGGGAUCGAAUUUGACCUGCAGCUGCUGUGGAGUGCUCAGACUUUCGACUCUCCCUACCAGCUCUGGAGAGCAACCAGCUCUUAUAACAGGAAGGACUACUCUGGAGAGUACACAAUCCUCUUAAUUCCUUGUACUGUGCAGCCAACGCAGCCAUGGAUAGAGCCUGGAGACAAGCCCCUGCCCUGUACAGCUCAUGCUCCUGAGCGAUUUUUGAUCCCGAUUGCCUUCCAGCAGACAAACCGCCCAGUUCCUGUUGUCUACUCCCUAAACACAGAGUUUCAGCUCUGUAACAAUGAGAAGGUGUUUCUGAUGGAUCCCACCAAGUCUGAAAUGUCUCUGGCAGAAAUGGAUUACAAAGGGGCUUUUUCAAAAGGGCAAAUCCUGUACGGCCGUGUACUCUGGAAUCCUGAACAAAACCUAAAUGCUGCUUACAAACUGCAGCUGGAGAAAGUCUACCUGUGCACCGGCAAGGAUGGCUAUGUGCCCUUCUUUGACCCAACAGGAACUGUCUAUAAUGAGGGGCCUCAGUAUGGCUGUAUUCAACCCAACAAACACCUGAAACACAGAUUUCUCCUCUUGGACCGAAACCAACCAGAGGUCACAGAUAAGUAUUUCCAUGAUGUGCCUUUUGAUGCCCACUUUGCCUCUGAACUGUCUGAGUUUCACUCAGUAAGCAGCAUGCCUGGUGUGGAUGGAUUUACUCUCAAGGUGGAUGCUCUCUACAAGGUGGAAGCUGGACAUCAGUGGUACCUUCAAGUAAUCUACAUAAUAGGCCCGGAGAGCAUUGCAGGGCCUCGUGUUCAGCGAUCCCUUACUCACCACUUGAAGCGUGGCCGCAGAGACCUGGUUGACGGUGAUGGGAGGCUGAUGCUGGAUGACUCCUUAAUCUAUGAUAACGAGGGUGAUCAGGUCAAGAACGGCACCAACAUGAAGUCGCUGAUCUUGGAGAUGCAGGAAGCUGUGGUUGCAGCCUCCUUAUCGCAGACAGGUGCUUCCCUUGGGAGUGCAUUUGCUGCUGUCAUGCUGCUGUUGCUGGUGCUUUUGGGAGUCUGCCUUGUCACCAGGAAGUGCCGGACACUGCGGAGGAAGAGAGAGGCUGUUCAAGCUGCCCCAGAGGAGCACCCUCUGAACACUAAGGUGGAGCUGCCCAAGGGCACAGAGAAGGCAGUGAACAGUCAGUACUGCACCGUGAGGAACAUCAAUAUACUGAGGGAAACAGGAGGCAUCUCCAGUGUCAAAAGCAGGAAGGUGAAGCAGGUGAACUUAGAAGUUAAAGUCCACAAUAAUUUGCACGACGGAACAGAAGUUUAAUGGAGUGCGUACUUAUGUUUUGUAAAAGCCUUUUAUAACUUGUAAAAAGGAAAAAAAACCCACAGAAACAAAAACCAAAAGAUAAGUAUAAGUAUGCUGGUAUUUUUAUACUCUCAUGAGAAAAGGAGGAGCUCUGGCUUUGUGUGAUGCACAGCAGCCCAGGCGGUCACUGCUCUGCCUGUAGCUGAGCUCCUGCAUCACACACAACCGGUCCAUCUGAUGUUUGAGCAGGAGGGUUAUGUUGCAGGGGCAGAAAUCCCCUGGAGAAGGUGACACGGGCCUAUGGCAGGGCCUGGUUCAGCCCUCUUGAGGAGACCACAGUUCCCUGCAGGACUUUGGAGCACUUUUAGCGAUGUCUGGGAAACUUAAUGUGUUUGUGAAUCCACGUUGUUGAGCUUUGAGCACAACAGUGUGUGUGCCAGCAGGAUGUGGGAGCAGUUUGCUACCUGCCUAGGGAAAAAAGUAAGAGAAGUAAUAUAUCCUCAUGUAAUAUCAGAGGCAGAGUGACUUGAUUUGCUUCUUCAAAUGAAGCAAAACUACAAUAGAAGUUGAAAGUGCAGCCUCAGUGCUCAGUGGGACCUGGGGGGUUUGUUCUGCCUGAGCUUUGUGUUGCUGGCAGCUGGGCUGUAACCCUAUGGGACCUUUGCUACAGUGGUGCUCUCUGGGGUAGAUAUGGCAGUUAAGGGACAUGAAUUGUCACAUUUCACGGUGCUACAGAGUAAAGUUUGAA